CUCUUGCGGCUAACUCCAUGCAGGUCCGGGCUUGUGGCUUAGUGGUCCCGGGAUGGCCUGCGGCUGCGAGGGCCUGAAGGUCCAGCCCAACAUCGCUGUACACCUGGGGAGUCCGAGACCCAGUGAGAGCAGUGCGGCCCGAGGUGGCCCAGCCCGCAGCAGGACCAACGCCAGUCGCAGGCCUCCUGACUCCCAGCUUGGUGUCCUGCGUCUUCGUGGACUUUAGAAACCUCAAAUGGCCAAACUACUACAACAUCCACCCAAGUUCUUGCCCUCAGAGUGGCACAUUGCUAACAAGAACCAAUACCACAGAGCAGAGGCCCAAAGGUCCCGGUCCGAACGCCUGGUGGCAGAAAGCCAGAGGCUUGUGAAUGAAAUUGAAAAGACCACAAGAAAAUCUCAAAGCGAUGUGAACAAGAAACUAGAGCAGAGGCUUGAGGAAGUCAGGUUCUGGAAGAAGGAGUUAGAUGGCAAACUUGAGCAGCUGGUGCAUGCGACCGAAAAUCUACUCAUCUAUCGGACCAGAUUGGAGAAAGCCCUGGAGAGCUUUAAAGAGCCCUUGCACAUCACUGAGAAGUGUCUGGAAUACAGGGAGAAGCGAGUUGGCGUUGACUUGGUCCACGAUGAGGUGGAGCAGGAGCUGAUCAAGGAGGCCGAGAUCAUCCGGGGGGUGACGGCCCUGCUGACCCGCACCCUGGAGGAGACGUCCGAGCAGAUCAGGCUGAACCGCUCUGCCAAAUACAGUCUUGAAAAGGACUUGAGGGACAAGUUUACAGCCCUGACCAUUGAUGAUAUCUGCUUCUCACUCAACAACAACUCGCCAAACAUCAAAUAUUCUGAGAACGUCGUGAGGGUUGAACCAAACUCUGUGAGUCUGGAAGACUGGUUGGACUUCUCCAACACCAACGUGGAGAAGGCCGACAGGCAGAGGAACAACUCUCUGACGCUGAAGGCCCUCGUGGACCGAAUCUUGUCCCAGACGGCCAACGACCUAAGCAGGCAACGUGACGUGGUGGACACCGCAUUCAGGAAUGGGCUGAAGGAGACCAAGGACGCCAGGGACAAGCUGGCUGUUCAUCUGGCCAAGGUCAUGGAAGAGAUUGCCUCCCAGGAGAAAAAUAUCACAGUUCUCGAAAAAGCCAUCCUUGACCAAGAAGGACCUGCCAAGGUGGCUCAUACACGCCUGGAGACCAGGACACAUCGGCCUAAUGUGGAGCUGUGUUGCGACGUCGCACAGUACAGGCUGAUCAAGGAGGUCGAUGAGAUCACCCACAACGUCGCAAGAUUAAAGGAAACAUUAGCCCAAGCUCAAGUAGAGCUGCAAGGCCUGAAUCGCAGGCAGCUCGCCCUGCAGGAGGAGAUCCAAGUCAAAGAGAAUACCAUCUACAUCGAUGAAGUGCUGUGUACGCAUAUUAGGAAGUCCAUCCCUCCAAGGGAUGGGGAUGACCACGGGGAGUGGGCCGGGGGCCUUAAUCCAGACACUGUCUGCUGAAAGUAGGAUUCUCAUUAAGCCAUUCUCAUUAAACAGAGUCA